AUGCUAUUUCAAUCAUUCGCUCGCAUUACAAAGCAAUUCGACAAAUUCACGGCAAAAAUCUCAAAUUUGUCAUUAACGUGUGCUUACUCAUCAAUAAGUUUAUUUUACCGUAAAGACAAUCUUCACCACCAUCGACGCCACUAUGCAACAAAGAAACAGACUGGACCACCACCUGGAGUCCGUGGCGCCCAGCCCUCACACAUGACGGACACACGCUACGAGAUAAUCAAAAAAAUCCUAUUCGAGAACAAAAAAAGCCAACUACCAACAUUAACACCCCAUGACCGAGAAAUGCACGAGACAAUAGAGCGCGCAUGGAAACUUUUUCUCCGUAAUAAACGUCAUGCGCGUAGUUUAGAAAUGCGUGCGAAAUAUCGUAUGAUGCGUAAAGCCAAUUUAGAGCUUGAGAAGUUGGAUCCUCGGUUAUUUAAAGUUUCGCUGAACGUCCAUCAUGAUGAUCGCUUGUUUCCGAAAAAGAUGAAGGUUCCUACGGAGACUCCCUCUUUGUCCGGGUGGAAUUAUGAUUAUGUCCAUGUUGAGGAGGAACAAAAGUUGAAGAGUGUGGUUGGUGGUGAUGAUGAGGAUUCGAAAUAG